AUGGGAUACUUGUAUGAUGCAAUGGAUAAUGCAAAAGAGGCAAUUAAAAUGAGGUUCAACAAUAGGCUCUCUUUGUAUGGCCCAUACAUUCGAGUGAUUGAUGCUAGAUGGGAUAGGCAACUUCAUAGCCCUCUUCAUGCUGCUGAUUGCUUUCUUAAUCCCGCAAUAUAUUUUAAACCUUCUUUCAAGAAGAAAAAGGAAGUUGAUCGAGGAAUCAUUCAAGCUCUUACGGUCUUGGUGCCGGAUGAGCAUUUGCAAGACCAAAUAAGUGCACAAAUUGAGGAAUACAAGCAGGCAACAGGUGAUUUCAAUAUGCCCCUUGCUAUUCGUCAACGAGAGAAACUAUCUCCAGUUUCAUGGUGGGGGCAAUUUGGAGGUUUAGUUCCAGAGUUACAAAGGUUUGCUAUUCGAGUACUUAGCCAAUGUUGCAGUGCAACUGGAUGCGAAAGAAACUGGAGUACAUUUGAGUUUAUCCAUUCUAAGAAGUGGAAUAGACUAGAACACAAAAGACUCAAUGAUUUAGUCUAUGUGCGUUAUAAUUUGAAGCUUCGAGAAAGGAUUAUUAGGCGAAUGAGAGAUGCACUUGACCCGAUUAGUCUUGAAAACAUAGAUGUGUUGGAUGAUUGGGUGAGUGAAGAGCCUAGUCUACUUGGCGAAGAGGAUAUUGCAUGGGAGAUUGUUGAACCACCAUCUUUAGAGGCAUUGACGUUAGAUGAAGCUGAUCAGGAGCCUAACUUUGAUGAUGCCGCUGAUGAUUUUCCAAAUGAAAACGAGAGCCAGUAUGAUUAUUGGGACAUUGGAGGACACAAUGAUCCUUAUGUUUAUGUUGAAUGACAAUCUAUGUUUUUUUUGAAUGUACUUCUUAAGUCCCUUUUGGUGAACUUUGCGUAUGUUUUGCGAUUAUGGAUAUGUACUUUAACAUUGUGUAUGUUUUGUGGAUGCUCUUGGAAUUUGGAACUUGUUCUUGUUAAUUUGAAGUCACUUAUGUGAAUUUUGUUAGCUUAAUAUAGGUAUUUUAUGAUGAAUUGCAUGAUAUGGGGGAUUUUUUUUGAAUUAUAAUUAUAUAUAAUUAUUAUAUAUAUUGUAGUUGCGGUAAAUCCGAAACGGUACCCGGUACCUGA